AUGAAACUGCCACAGUUUCAUGGAGGAUUGGAUCCAUUGAAGGCUGAAGCAUGGGUCUUUGGCAUAGAAAAGUUGUUUGAAGUGUUUCCUUGUCUAGAAACACAGAAGGUGUUACUAGCCACCUUUACACUAGAAGAUGAAGUGAGAAGGUGGUGGAUGUUGAUGCAUGAAAGCAAUAAAGAUAUUGGCUGGGCACGGUUCUUGGAAAUUUUCUACGACAAAUACUUUCCACAAUGUGUUCGUGACAGGAAAGUGUUAGAGUUCAUGGAACUUAAGCAAGGCAACAUGACAGUAGCUGAGUACGAGGCCAAGUUUAUUGAAUUGGCUAGAUUUGCGCUGCACAUGGUCAACAUUAACUAUAAGAAAGCGAGAAAGUUUAAGGGUGGUCUUCGAGAUGAUAUCUUAGAGAAGGUGAACACUAAAGCUAGAAACCUAUAUUGA